UAUUUGUGUUAUGCAUAUGGUCUUGGUCUGACUCCGAACAAGAUCAUUAGGGUCUGUCGAAUUACUUGCGCCGAGGCAGCUUCUUUCUCCACUCUUGUUAUGUCUCAAAACCUCUUUGGAUUCAGGAUUGCCCCCAACCCGGCUAUCAUUCCAGUUGUUACUCCAAACCCUCCUCUUAUCAUUGAUGUAGACUCCACCCCAACUAGAUCAGAUGAGGAUAAUGCCACUUCUCCAAGGGGAAAAAGGAAACGCCAAUUAGGUAGCCUUUCCUUGCUAUCGUCGGAUUCUCCCCUGGUGAGAUGA